ACUAGAGUUCUUGUGGUUGUAACACGCACAAAAGCUCAGGAAGCCCUAGACUGGCCUGCCAGGGUCCUGCAGAGGGAAAUGGUCUAUAGGCUGUAGAGGAACGCGCCCACGCAGCUGCCACGUGAUCCGCCUGCCGGGUCAUAUGAUCCGUCUUCUUCCUGUCUGGCCAACUUUUACACUGAGCGGCUCCCAAAUAAACGAAUAUGGCGGACUUGGAAGAGCGGCAGAACCUGCUGGAAGAUGAGGACGAGGACCGGCAGACCCCCAGAGGACCCGGCAGACCGAUGCUGCCCAUCUGCGACCCCAGUCACCUGCUGCACCGGGUGGUCGUCCUGGUCUUCAUGUGCUUCCUGGGCUUCGGAAGCUACUUCUGUUAUGACAAUCCAGCUGCACUUCAAACUCAAGUCAUCCAGGAUAUGAAGCUGAACACUGCCACAUUCAUGCAGCUGUAUGCCUGGUACUCUUGGCCAAAUGUGGUUCUCUGCUUCUUUGGAGGAUUUCUGCUCGACAGGGUCUUUGGCGUCAGGCUGGGGACUAUUAUCUUUUCUCUCUUUGUUUGCGUUGGACAGGUUAUAUUUGCCUCAGGAGCUUUGCUGAAUCGCUUCUGGCUGAUGGAAGUUGGACGUUUUGUGUUUGGUAUUGGCGGAGAGUCCUUGGCUGUGGCCCAGAACACGUAUGCAGUCAGCUGGUUCAAAGGCAAGGAGCUAAACCUGGUGUUUGGCCUUCAGCUGAGCAUGGCUCGACUGGGCAGCACAGUGAACAUGAACAUCAUGGGCUGGGUGUACGGGAAAGUUGAAGACCUUGUUGGUUCUCCUGGGCACACUACGCUCGGUGCAUCACUCAUGAUCGCUGCAGUAACCUGCCUGUUUUCACUAUCGUGCGCCUUGGUGUUGGCCUUCCUUGACAAAAGAGCCGAGAGGAUCCUUCAAAAGGAACAAGGAAACACAGGCGAGGUGAUCAAGCUGACAGAUGUGAAAGAUUUCCCCUUCCCCCUGUGGCUCAUCUUCAUCAUCUGUGUUUGCUACUACGUCGCAGUUUUCCCCUUUAUUGGACUGGGACAGGUGUUCUUCAUUGAAAAAUUCAACUUCUCCCCAGCGGAAGCCAGAGCUGUCAACAGCAUUGUGUACAUCAUCUCCGCCCCUGCAUCUCCAGUCCUGGGCUUUAUAGUUGAUAAGACUGGGAGGAAUGUAAUUUGGGUAAUAAUUGCUGUGGUUGCAACACUCUGUGCCCACAUGAUGCUGGCCUUCACUUUCUGGAACCCAUGGAUCGCCAUGUCGCUGCUUGGUGUCUCAUACUCCUUACUGGCCUGUGCACUGUGGCCCAUGGUGGCCUUUGUGGUGCCUGAGCAUCAACUGGGGACGGCCUAUGGCUUCAUGCAGUCGAUCCAAAACCUGGGACUCGCUGUUAUUGCCAUUGCAGCUGGAGCCCUCCUAGACACCAGAGGAUACCUGGUGUUGGAAGUGUUUUUUUGCGCCUGCAUUUGCCUUGCUCUGAUGGCAGUGGUGAUGCUGUACUUUGUGGAUUAUCUCAGAGGAGGAGAUUUGAACCGGUCAGCGUCAGCCAGAGCCAAACUCCAGAAAGAAGCCACUUCGGCUGCAGAAUGAUGAUGAUGAUGAUGAGCCAACACACAUGGUCCUGGGCUGCAGAGCCAGCAAGCUGCACUGUCCACCCCACAGCUUUCAAUCUACUGCCAUGGGGCAGGACUGCGGUUCUGACUCCACCCAGUGAUCUCAUCUGUGGUUCUUCACACAAAAACUGACUGUCUGGCAUCAGCUAUUGCACAACUCCGUGUAAACAGCUGAUUGCAUCCAUAUCAGGACACUGACAAAUGACACCGGACACCACACUCACACUGACUUUAUUUCUGUCCAUAUUCACUCAACUCCUGACUCCUCAGUGUGUCUAACUUCAGCAUGAAGUUUCUUCUUCAGUUAUAGAAGAAAGUUAAGAUGCUUAAAAAGUGUUUUCAAACAUUUUAAAUGUCAGAACUAUUAAUCAGAAGGUGUGUCUAGUGGGAAGGUAGAAUUCCUGAUAAAUAUUUCUUGAUUUUAUUACAUACUAUUGCAACUCAUGAUAUAGAAUUCCUAUAAUAAGUCAGUUUUUAUAGGUAUAUUGGGGUGACUUUGGGUGUUUUUAAAUGCAUUUUAUUCUCUUACUGUUAUUUGCCUUAUUGCAGACCACUCAGCAGCUCACUUAUGUGCAUAUCAUCUUUCAGCAUUCACAAUAAUUACCAACCAAAAUCGUCCAUAUUGGACUCUCCUUAGGCACAAUGGGUUCAUCUUCAAUUUUAAUCAUAUGCGUCAUUGACCUUUUAUGAUGGAUAAUCUCAAAAAGAACAUAGCUCUUUAUUGUUUCAAUCUUUAUUGCUCAGUUCUUUUAUUUCUUAAUUUCUUUAUCUGCUGUUGGCUGAUUUGCGAGGUUCAUAAAAGUUUACUUUCUGUCGCAUCAUCAAAUAGUACAUUACUGUAAAGAUAAGAAAAAUAGAAAGGGGCACUUUUGAAUGCAUUUUUCCGAGUAAUGAUAUUCCCAGUUUCAAGUUUUAUGAACUCUUUCAUUAUUGUGACCUUUAUAAAGAAUCAGUUCCACAUUUGAAUUAUAUUUUGAAUAUUGCAUUUUGCUCAUACAUCAAGCUCAGGUAAUUAACUUCUUGUUAGCCAAAUUAUUACUCGAAUGAUGCAGCAAAAUACUCAAGCACUCUGCUUAGUUCUCAUUGUUUCAAGCACUCUGCUUAGUUCUCAUUGUUCCAGUAAUGUAGAAGCAAAUUUGUGUCGCUGUGCUGAUUUCUGAGUUGCAGACUGUGGAUGAUUAACAUUCACUACCUCAGUGGGGCAAAUGAGUCCCAAUGAAAUUCUUAACAGAACAUUCAACAGAUGUAGGAAGAUGGUCAGUAUGUAAAGGUACAAUGUAGGAAUUGUACAUGAAAAUGACCACUGUGUCAAACAUUUAGAAGCGUGCUGCUCUACUCACCUGUCAGUCAUUUGCACUUUGAGGUAUUGGACAGCAGUGUGGUCUUUGUUUCACUAUAAAUAGUUGUGUUCAACUAUGAAAUGUUAUUGAUCUCUGUACAAAAUGAUAUGAUUGUACAGCUGACAGCAGACAUGAACAAAAGUCACUUAGAAGUCUUUUUGUAGAACCAAGUCACUUUUGAUACCAAGAACUAUGACAACCAAUUAAACAUUGUUUUGUUGU